AUGGGGGCCAUAUUAGCUCAACAAGCAGAAGAUACAAGGAUAGAAAACGCCGUGUAUUACCUCAGUAAGAGGAUGCUGGAAUAUGAGUUGAAAUACAACAAGAUAGAAAAGUUGUGCCUGGCUCUAGUCUGGGCCUGUACCAAGCUGCAACACUACCUCUCGUCUUGGGCCUGUACAAAGCUGCAACACUACCUUUCGUCUUACACAACCUAUGUCAUUUCUGAAUCGAACCCCUUGAAAUUCCUUAUGGAGGCCGCCUAUGACCUGAAAUUUGUACAACGUAAGGCAGUAAAAGGCGGAGCUUUGGCUGACCAGUUAGCCGAAUUACCGGUCGAAGAUCAAAUGCCGAAGGUAGAAUUCCCCGACGAAAACCUGUUGCACCUGGAAAAUCAGGUCUGGGAGAUGUACUUCGAUGGAGCCUCGAAUUACCAUGGAAAUGGGAUUGGAGUUGUAUUCAAAACUCCUUGUGGAGAAUACGUCCCAAUUGCAGUUAAACUAGACUUUGACUGUACCAAUAAUGAGGCCGAAUACGAAGCCUGUAUCAAGGGAUAG